UCGAAUCCGUUUCGCUUCUUCCCGUCUAUCUAUUUAUUCCGAAACCGAUUCAGAGAAACAUCGUGUUCCAAACAAACGCGGUGUAAAACCCUAGCGACCUGGUUAUCAAACUGACCCCGGGGCUGCAGUUGCGAGAAGAGCGGCUAUCGGUUCCAGCUUCUAGGUUAAUGUUGAUUUGAUGGUACAUGCUUUUUCUUGAGAGGGCAUACUAUUUAUUAAUUUGAUUGAUUGCUAUGUCGACUUUUGCUAAACCAGAAAAUGCUCUGAAGCGUGCUGAAGAGUUGAUCAAUGUUGGACAAAAGCAAGAUGCAUUGCAAGCACUACAUGAUCUUAUAACCUCGAAGAGGCAUAGAGCAUGGCAGAAAACAAAUGAGAAGAUUAUGUUCAAAUAUAUAGAGCUCUGUGUUGACAUGCGAAGGGGCAGGUAUGCCAAAGAUGGUUUGAUUCAGUACCGUAUAAUGUGUCAACAAGUGAAUGUAACUUCUUUGGAGGAGGUGAUCAAGCAUUUCAUGCAUUUAUCUACUGAGAGAGCUGAGAUGGCUCGGAAUCAAGCACAAGCUUUAGAGGAAGCCCUUGAUGUGGAUGACUUAGAAGCUGAUAAAAGGCCAGAGGAUUUAAUGCUAAGUUAUGUCAGUGGUGAAAAGGGGAAGGACAGGUCUGAUCGCGAGCUUGUGACCCCAUGGUUUAAGUUCCUGUGGGAGACCUAUAGAACCGUUCUUGAAAUUUUAAGGAACAACUCAAAGUUGGAAGCACUUUACGCGAUGACAGCACAUCGUGCCUUCCAGUUCUGCAAGCAAUACAAACGCACAACAGAGUUUCGCAGGCUAUGUGAAAUAAUCAGAAAUCAUCUUGCUAACCUGAACAAAUACAGAGAUCAGAGGGACCGACCUGAUCUAUCUUCUCCAGAAAGCUUGCAGUUGUAUCUUGACACAAGAUUUGAGCAAUUGAAGAUUGCAACUGAACUUGAACUCUGGCAGGAGGCUUUUCGUUCUGUGGAAGAUAUACAUGGAUUAAUGUGCAUGGUUAAGAAAACCCCAAAGCCGUCGUUGAUGGUUGUUUACUAUGCGAAGUUAACAGAAAUUUUCUGGGUGGCAUCCAGCCAUCUUUAUCAUGCUUAUGCGUGGUUUAAGCUUUUCUCACUUCAGAAAGGCUUCAAUAAGAACUUGAGUCAGAAGGAUCUGCAAUUAAUUGCAUCAUCUGUUGUCUUGGCUGCUCUCUCGGUUUCUCCUUACGAUAAAACGCGUGGGGCAUCUCAUUUGGAGCUUGAGCAUGACAAAGAGCGGAAUUUGAGGAUGGCUAAUCUUAUUGGGUUUACUAUUGACCCUAAACUUGAGAGUAGAGAAGUGCUAUCACGGUCAUCUCUUCUUGCAGAACUGGUCAACAAAGGUGUAAUGUCCUAUGUGACUCAAGAAGUAAAAGAUCUUUACCAUCUUCUGGAGCAUGAGUUUCUCCCUCUAGAUCUUGCUUCAAGAGUCCAGCCCCUUUUGGCCAAAAUUUUGAGAGUCGGGGGCAAGCUUUCUUCAGCAUCUUCUGUACCCGAGGUGCAUCUGUCUCAAUAUGUGCCUGCACUGGAAAAGCUUGCCACUUUGCGAUUGCUUCAGCAGGUGUCUCAGGUGUAUCAGACAAUGAAGAUAGAGAGCUUAUCUAUUAUGAUCCCCUUUUUUGAUUUUUCCACCGUGGAAAAAAUCUCUGUGGAUGCCAUCAAACAUAAUUUCGUUGCAAUGAAAAUUGACCAUAUGAAGGGAGUUGUUGUCUUCGGCAACUCGGAUCUUGAAUCUGAUGAGAUGCGCGAUCAUCUGAUGAUUUUUGCGGAAUCAUUAAAUAAAGCAAGGGCGAUGAUAUUUCCCCCUGUAAAGAAAGCAUCAAAGCUAGGUGAAAUGCUACCUGGUUUAGGGGAGAUUGUUGAAAAGGAACAUAGGAGACUUCUUGCCAGAAAAUCAAUUAUUGAGAAACGCAAGGAAGAGCAAGAAAGACAUUUAUUGGAGAUGGAGCGUGAAGAGGAAUCAAAAAGGCUAAAGCUGCAGAAAAUAACUGAAGAGGCUGAACAGAAGAGGUUAGCGUCUGAGUACGAGCAAAGGAAGAAUCAAAGGAUCCUCAGGGAAAUAGAGGAACGAGAACUUGAGGAAGCCCAGGCUUUACUACAGGAGGCCGAAAAACGUAGCAAGAAGAAAGGAAAGAAGCCUCUUAUAGAGCCGGAAAAGGUGACUAAGCAAACCUUGAUGGAGUUGGCUUUGAGUGAGCAAGUUCGGGAGAGGCAAGAGAUGGAGAAGAAGCUGCAAAAACUGGCCAAAACAAUGGACCAUUUGGAAAGGGCCAAGAGAGAAGAGGCAGCGCCUUUGAUUGAAGCCUCAUUUCAACAUCGUCUAGUGGAAGAAAAGGUUCUUCAUGAACAUGAGCAACAGAAAGAGAUUGAAAUGAGUCGACAACGCCAUGAUGGAGACUUGAAGGAGAAAAAUAGGCUCGCCAGAAUGUUGGACCAUAAGAUUCAAUUCCAGGAAAGGGUCAUGAGCCGCAGGCAAGCUGAGUACAGCAGAUUGAGAGCUGAGAGGGAGGAACGAAUCAACCAAAUACUUGAGCAGCGGAGGCAGGAGAGAGAAUAUAAGAGGAAGAUGCUAUUCUAUUUGAGGACAGAGGAGGAGAGGCUGAGAAAAAUGCGUGAGGAGGAAGAAGCUCGCAAACGUGAAGAGGCGGAAAGGAAAAAGAAAGAAGAAGCUGAACGCAGAGCGAAGCUGGAUGAGAUUGCUGAAAAACAGAGACAAAGAGAGAGGGAGCUGGAAGAGAAAGAGAGGCUCCGGCGAGAAGCUCUUCUGGGGAAAUCAGGCGAAGGGGUUCCAAGGGCUCCUGACCUCUCUGGUGGAGCUCGACCAAUGGAGCCGGCAGCCGCUGCGGCUGCAGCUGCUGCACCAGCAGCAGCACCAGCUCCGGCACCGGCACCGGCACCGGCACCGGCAUCAGCACCAGCACCAGCAAAAUAUGUGCCCCGAUUCCGGCGUGAGCAGCCUGCUGAUAGUUCUGGGCAGGCCCCGCCACCGGCCGAACCUGAUCGCUGGGGCAGCAGUCGAGAGCCUCGUGACAGUUGGCGAAGAGAUGAUCGUCGACCUGCAUUCGGAGGUGGCGGCGGCAGCAGCGGUGGUUCCAGGUCAUCGUGGUCUUCAUCUAGGGUCCCUGUGCGUGGGGAACGUUGAAUAUGGGAAGCGUGUACUUGUUUUGUACUUGCUCGUCUAGCUCCUUUGUUCAUUCAUAUUGAAUCAUCUCUCUCUAUCUCUCUCCUAUCUCUCUAUGAAAUUUUGUGGGAUUUGGGAACCUUAACCUAAACCUUGCAAGCAGUUUUUAUAUCGUUAAUUUGGAGGGUGUAAUAACUUGGGAAAGGCUUUCUAAAAGAUAUUGGCAGUAGGUUCUCUUUGAA